AUUCAAACAGUCCUUUCUCCAGGGACAAGACUGAAGGAACUCUUCAGCUGCCUCUUCUGAGACUCUGCUUCAAGGAGAGCAAGAGCCCUUCACUGAAAUCCUCCCACCAUGCUGGGGCUGCUGCUGCUGCUGCAGGUGUUGGCGAGCUGCCUCUGGCUGGGACACGGCGAGGUGGUGGAGGCCUUUAAAGGAGAAUGUGCUGAGUUUUUCUAUGAGAAGACCCCCCCAAGUGGUGCCCUGCGUCCACAGAAUGCAGUCAGGAUCUGCCAGAAGUAUGACGACAAAUUUCGCUUUGCCACCCUGUAUGACAAAACCAAUAGAAUUCCAGUGUACUCUGGUUACAAAUACCAGCCUGGAAAUGCCACCAGAUAUGACAGAUGGUUUGUUGAGCCCCAGCUGAUCAACAAAACGUAUGACAUGAAUAUGGCUGAAGAGGGUGACAUCAAACGUAAAUAUCACAUCAACUCAACAGUAAUUGGCCAGAAUCAGGCUAUUGACCAAGACUACAUGAACCUCAAGGACUUGGACCGUGGUCACUUGAGUCCCAGUAGCCACCACAAUGAUGACAAGUGGAGUUGGGCUACCUUCACGCUCACCAAUAUUGUGCCUCAGGACAGAAAACUUAACCAGAAUGCCUGGAGAAACUACGAGGAAAAAACGAUGCGCCACAAAAACCAGGGCUGUAAUACCACCUAUGUCAUCACGGGUGCUGUACCUGGGAACACCAAGGUCCCCAGUGGGAGGGUAAAUAUACCCAGCUACAUCUGGUCAGCUGCCUGCUGUGUGAAGGACAAAAAGCCCUUGAAGGCUUGGGCGGCCAUCGCUAAGAAUGAGAUAAACAAGAAUGAGGUGAAAGAGCUCAGCCUGAGGAAGCUGGAAAACUGGCUAAAAAAACUCUAUAACGGAACAGUUACUCUGUUCAAAAAUUCCUGUACCCUGGAAUAA